CAAAGGUAAAAUCCAUGACAAUGCUUCUUCGAUUUCUUCAGCUAUGGAUGCUCUGCUUUGCUUGUGUAUCGUAUGCAGCGCGGCAAGCACCAUUUGCUAUGCGGUUAAGCUGUGGGGCUCGUCAAAAUGUUCAAACAAGACCAACCAGUACCCUUUGGCGUAAAGAUUUUGGGUAUACAGGAGGUGUAGCAGCAAAUGCAACUCAUCCGAGCUAUAUUACCCCACCACUCAACACUCUUCGCUAUUUCCCCUUGUCUGAAGGUCCUCAAAAUUGUUACUACAUUAAUAAAGUGCCAAAGGGUCACUACACAAUCAGGAUCUUCUUUGGACUUGUUGAUCAGUCUAGAGAUACCAGUGAACCUCUGUAUGACAUUUCCAUUGAAGGCACGCAAAUUUAUUCUUUGAAAUCAGGUUGGACUAAGAACGAUGAUCAAGUGUUUGCAGAGGCCUUAGUGUUUCUUACAGACUCUGUUUCAAUCUGUUUCCAUAGCACUGGUCAUGGAGAUCCUGCAAUCCUUUCUAUCGAGGUUCUUCAAAUUGAUGAUCAGGCUUAUUAUUUUGCGCCCCAGUGGAGUCAAAGGAUGAUACUUAGAACAGUGAAAAGACUGAGUUGUGGCUUUGGGCAGUCAAAGUUUGACGUAGAUUAUGGUGGGGAUCCCAGGGGAGGGGACAGAUUUUGGCAACGCAUUAGAAAUUUUGGGGAGGAUUCUGAUCAACCUAGAUCUGUUGAAACUAGAAUCAAACAGGCUUCGCAUCCACCAAACUUCUAUCCAGAAAAUCUUUAUCAGUCAGCCCUUGUUAGUACUAAUAGUCAGCCUGACUUAACAUAUACAUUGGAGGUGGAUCCCAAUAGAAACUAUUCUAUUUGGUUACAUUUUGCGGAGAUUGAUAAUUCAGUGACUGCUGCGGGGCAAAGGCUCUUUGAUAUUAUGAUAAACGGCGAUCUUGCUUUCAAAGAUGUUGACAUUGUGAAAUUGAGUGGUGAUAUCUAUACUGCCCUUGUACUUAAUACGACUGUUACUGUUAAUGGGAGGAUUCUGUCGAUAACAUUGAGCCCAAAGGAAGGUAAUCUCGCCAUAAUCAAUGCCGUUGAGAUAUUUGAGGUUAUAAUGGCUGAGUCAAAAACUUUACCAGAGGAAGUUGGGGCAUUACAAACAUUGAAGAAAGCAUUGGGGCUUCCACCCAGGUUUGGGUGGAAUGGUGAUCCAUGUGUUCCUCAGCAACAUCCAUGGAGUGGAGUGAAUUGCCAAUUAAACAAAAGCAGUGGCAGCUGGGUCAUUGAUGGACUUGUUCUAGACAAUCAGGGUCUGAAAGGUUUCUUGCCAAAUGACAUAUCCAGAUUGCCUAAUCUACAAAUCCUAAACUUGAGUGGGAACAACAUCCAUGGAGCAAUUCCAUCCUCACUUGGUACAAUAACUAGCCUACAAGUGCUUGACCUGUCCUACAACGUUUUCAAUGGAUCAAUUCCAGAAAGCCUUGGACAGUUGACGUCAUUACAAAGACUGAAUCUUAACAGCAACAUCCUGUCUGGAAGGGUCCCAGCAACUCUAGGAGGAAGACUCCUCUACAGAGCUAGCUUCAAUUUUACUGAUAAUGCAGGUCUGUGUGGUAUACCUGGAUUACCUACAUGUGGACAUCUUUCUGUCGGUGCUAAAAUUAGCAUUGGAUUAGGGGCUUCUUUUACAUUUCUCCUUCUCGUUAUCGGUUCAGUUUGUUGGUGGAAAAGGCGACAGAAUAUCCUCCGAGCUAAGCAAAUUGCAGGAAGGGCAGCUCCAUAUGCAAAAGCAAGGACCCAUUUUUCACGUGACAUUCAGAUGACAAGGCAUCAUCAUAAUGGCAACACAUAUACUGCAGCUGAAAAUGGGCCUAUUUUGCUUUCAUCAUAACAUUCCAUCAUUCUAAUACCUUAUGAGUCCCUCAGUAUUGUUCUGUUUCAUGCCAUCAAGAGCUUCUCACUUUCACAUUGGAGAAUAGCAUUACUAAUUUGGUAGAUCAAUGGCAGUGUAAUCUGAUCCAUCUUCUGACAGUUCUCCUCCAUACCUUGUUCACUCCAGAUUCUGAAUUUCUUGAGACCACUGAACUUCUCAAGCUGAGAACUCACCUGGAAUUCCCAACUCAGAAAAUUUUGUUCAUUAUCGUGUUUACA